AUGGAUUGUUGCUAUAUUAUAUGUUCUUGUUGUUAGAUUAACGUAGGAUUUCUAAAAUGUUGUACCUGCCAUAAGGAUUUUGAAUUUUAUAUGCAAAAUUAUCUACCUAUAACUUGUCCUAGAUGCGUGAAUGUAAAUAUUAAAUAUAAAAAUUAUUUAGAUUAGAUUAGAUACUUAUUAUCAAAGUGAUUAAGAUGUUUAAUUACAUAGAAAUUGUAAUUAAAAUAUAAAAAGAAUGUUUCAUUAUUGUAAAUGUUGUGAUGGUUAUUUCUGCUAGUGUGUGUAAUAAAUUUCUAUUAAACUUUAAGUGAAUAAAAAUGAAAAAAUCAAUUGUUUUAAAUCCUCGUCCUAUCCGACAAGCAAGGAUAGAAGGGUUAUAAGGAAAAGUUAAAGCUUUUGA